AUGUCUUUGGUGUUGAAUACGUUGAGGUGUCUGGUAAUAUGUCUUAAAUCUAGUCUUCUGUUUUACCCGAAGGAACGGAAGGAUGAAAUCGCCACCGUGGAGACCAUCAACAAUGGCAAGUCCAUCUUCGAGGCCCGCUGGGACAUCGACACUUCAUGGCAGUGCCUCGAGUACUAUGCGGGCUUGGCUGGAUCCAUGGCUGGCGAGCAUGUCCAGCUCCCAGGCGGAUCGUUUGGUUAUACCAGAAGAGAACCGCUUGGCGUCUGUGUGGGAAUAGGCGCGUGGAACUACCCCUUCCAGAUCGCCUGCUGGAAGUCGGCACCGGCCUUAGCAUGUGGUAACGCCAUGGUCUUCAAGCCCUCUCCCUUCACGCCGGUGUCGGUGCUGCAGCUGGCCGAAAUCUACACGGAGGCCGGCGUGCCCCCCGGGCUCUUCAACGUGGUUCAAGGAGGGGCAGCCACGGGCCAGUUUCUGUGUCAGCAUCCUGACGUGGCCAAAGUCUCCUUCACCGGGAGUGUGCCCACCGGCUCGAAGAUCAUGGAGAUGUCAGCUAAAGGAAUCAAACCCGUCACUUUGGAACUGGGAGGCAAGUCUCCCCUGAUCAUCUUCUCCGAUUGUGAUAUGGAGAACGCUGUGAAGGGGGCGCUGAUGGCCAACUUCCUCACGCAAGGCGAGGUUUGUUGUAAUGGCACAAGAGUAUUUGUGCAAAAGGAAAUUCUUGAUGAAUUUACAAGAGAAGUAGUGAAACGGACCCAAAAGAUAAAAAUCGGAGAUCCCCUUCUGGAAGAUACGAGGAUGGGUCCCCUCAUUAACCGCCCACACCUGGAGCGAGUCCUUGGGUUUGUUAAGCUGGCAAAGGAGCAGGGUGCUAAAGUGCUGUGUGGUGGAGACAUACAUGUACCCGAAGAUCCCAAAUUGAAGGAUGGAUAUUACAUGAGACCUUGUGUACUGAGUACGUCCUCUUCUUGUUUGUUUUUAAACAGUUUGAAAUAAAUGUCAGAUAGAAAA